AUGGUUUCGGCCGAAUUCCUGGCUGCCAAGCGCUGCGCGCUCUCGCCGGUGCCCCCGGGCCGCUACCCGCCCGGAUCGCUCUCGGCCGCCGCGGCGGCUGUGAGGCUUGGGGUUCUGCCAGACGCCGGGGCGGAGGCUUUCGACCACCGCUUCUUCCAUGUCAGCCCAGCCGCCGUCGCGGACGUCGACCCGCAGCAGCGCAUGGCCCUGGAGGUCACCUAUGAGGCACUGCAGGACGCGGGGCUUUCCAUGGAGCGCAUGCGCGGCCUGGACAUCGGCGUUUUUGCCGGCGUCGGGUUGCCAGAGUUUCCAAUCAGGAACGGCUCCGAGCCAGGGGCCGUCGGCUCCGUCACGGGGACCUACGGGGAGCCGAUCUUUCUGGUGCCUUUUGAUUUCAACAGCUCCAACCUCGAUUAUGAAGUGCGGAUGGCUGGUGCCGUGCUUGGUGUCAACCGCCUCUUCUCCUCCGCCCACCUCGACACCGUCGACCCCCGCCCCUCCCCCUCCAGCUGCUUCGUGGCCAACCGGGUGUCGCACUUCUUCGACUUUACCGGCCCCUCUGUGGCCAUCGACACCGCCUGCUCCUCUUCGCUCACGGCGCUGCACCUUGCCGCCAACAGCCUGCGCGCCGGCGACUGCUGCGCGGCCGUGGUGAUCGGGACGAGCGCGCUGCUCUCCAGCUACGUCCUCCUGAGCUCCCUGGCCAGCGGCGCCAUUUCCCCCACCGGCGACUCGCGCCCCUUCGACGCCCGCGCCAACGGCUUCGUGCGCGCCGAGGGCGCGGUCGCGAUCCUCCUCCUGCCGGUCGGCCCUGUCCGCCCCGAGCUCGGCGCCGCACUGGCCGGCGCCGCGCUGCGACCUUACGGCUACGUCGUUGGCAGCGGCGCCGGCGCUGACGGAGCGAAGCCCUCUGCGGUUGCGCCGGCGCCUGCGGCGCAGCAGCGGCUGAUGCGGCAGGUGCACGCGCGCGCGGGGGUGGACCCCGCGGACGUCUGCUACAUGGAGGCGCACGCGACGGGCACGGCCGUGGGCGACCCCACUGAGGCCCUCAGCAUAGGCACCGUCCUCGGCCGCAGCGGCCGCCCCAAGCCGCUGCCCGUCGGAUCCCUCAAGGGCAACCUCGGGCACCUCGAGAGCGCCGCAGGCCUGGCCAGCUUGGUCAAGGUCCUCGUCAUGGCCCGCCACCGCGUUCUGCUGCCGACGGCAUCCUUUGAGGGUUGGAGCCCGAAGAUCGACGCGGCGCGGCUGAACAUACGCGUGGUGGCGGAGGUGGAGCGGCUGGCCACGCCGGCUGGGGCGCCCUUUUUCAUGGGCAUCAACAGCUUCGGCAUGGGCGGCGCCAAUGCCUACGCGAUCAUCCGCGGGCCAGACGAGGGGCAGCACUUGGAGGUGGUGGCAGGCGCUGGCGGCGCACCUGCGCGCCUGGCGGCGGUCCCCAGUGCGCCCCCGCCGCCGCGAGCGCCGCUGCUGCUGCUGCCGCUCGCGGCGCACGACGCGUCGCUGCUGGCGCCGUACUCAGAGCGCUGGGCCGCGUUUGCCGCCGGCGGCGGCGACGUCGACGGGGGGGUCCGCGCCCACCAGCGCACCGCGGCGCUCAGCCUGCGCCACCGCGCCGCGCUGCUGCUCCCAGCACCCGACGGCGCGGCGCCGGCGGCCGCCCCCGCGCCUAUCACGCCAGCGCCCGGGCUGGCCGCGGCGGCGGCGCGUGGUGCCGCGCCCCGCGUCGGCGUCGUGUUUUGCGGGCAGGGCACGCACUGGCCCGGGAUGGGCGGCGAGCUGUGGACGCACCUGCCCGCCUUCCGCGUGGGCGCCCUGGAAUUUGCCGCAACCUACCCCGGCCCGCCGCUGCUGCUGCCAGAGCGCGACUGGGGCGCGGCGUCGCCGCCGUUCGCCCCUGCGAUCGCGGCGGCGCUGGCCGCGCCGCCUGCCGGUGCCGAUGUCCGCCUGACGCUGCCGGCGACGAUGAUGGUCGGCUACGCGCAGUGGCGCGUGCUGUGCGCGCUGGGCGUGCGCUGCGCCGCCGCGGCGGGCCACUCGGCGGGAGAGAUGCUCGCGGCGCUCGCGGCUGGCGAGAUCGACCUCCGGCGCCUGUGCCAGCUCACCUAUGCGCGCGCCGCCGCGCUCGGCGCGCUGCCGGCGACUGGCGGCAUGGCGGCCGUGUCGGGGCCGCGGCCGGAAGUCGAGCGGCUGCUUGCCGAGGCGUGCGCCGCGGCCGGCGCUGGCCCCGGCGCGGCGGCGGUGGCCGCGACGAACGCGCCGGGCGAGCUCACCGUGUCGGGCGCCGCGGCUGCGAUCGCUGCGUUCGUCGCCGCGGCGGGCGCGGCCGGGCUGCGUGCGCAGCAGCUGCCGGGCGCCAGGGCGUUCCACCAUGGCCCGAGCGUCUCCGCCGUGCGUGGGGUGUUCUUCUCGGCUCUGGCAGAGGUCGGGUGGGCGGACGAGCAGGGCGCAUCAGCACCAGCGGCCAGCGCAGGCCCCGCGUUCUGCCCCGCCGGCGUCCCCGCCGGCCCCGGCGCCUGCCGCUCAGCCGAGCGCUGGUGGCAGCAGCUGCUGCGCCCCGUCGACUUCCAGAGCGCGCUCGCGGGCGUCGCCACCGCGCGCUGCGACGCCGCACUCGAGCUCGGCCCGCGCUCCGUGCUGCGGCGCUACGCGGCCGCGGCGCUGCCGGGCGCCGCGGCGCUGGCGCUGGUGCGCGCGCCUGGGAGCGGGGCGGAGCUGCGGGAUGCGUUUGAGGCGCUGGCGCGGCUUUGGCUCGGCGGUGCGGAGAUCAGGUGGGGCGAGCUCCUGGAGCGCGGCCCUGCGGGCGCCGGCUUCCCGCGGCUUCCGUGGCUCCGCACCCCCGUUGCUGGCAGCGGCGGCGGCACGACUGUCGAGGCCGAAGCAGCAACAACACCAGCCAGCAAGAUCGAGGCGUUGCUCGUCCAGGCAGCCGCGACGGCGGCGGCGCCGGGGGCGCCGGCAGCGGCGCCUGUGGCCCUGAACGGCACCGGCCGCGCAGGCGGCGCCGCUCCCAGCGUCCCUGCCGCCGCGGCUCCUUCGGCGUUCAGCAAUGGCCCUGCCGCCGCAUCCGCCGCCGCGCCCGCCGCGGCCGCGGCCGCGAUCACCCUGGUGGAUCUGCCUCAGCACUAUGAAGACCACCGCAUCGGCGGCCGCCCCCUCGUGCCUGCAACUGCCUACCUGAGUGCCGCCCUAGUGGCUGCGGUUGCGGCAGCUGCCGAGUCGGGCUCCCAGCCUGCGGCGCACGCGGCGGCGCCGGGCGCGCCUGCCGUCGU